AACACUCGGGAUCUACGACCGACUCUGCACUGCAGAAGCAGAGCUCAAAAACGAGACAAAACUGUAAAGAUCUCUUGGGUUACGUCCUCAGAUGUUCAGAUGUGGGCGUGAAACACCUGCACACCUUUCAAGAACCAAUCUUUCUGCCACCAUCUGACGCUGUCGCACUACUGAAGUCUUAAGAUGCCCUUGAGGACGUCGUUACUCCGCAAACCUACGUCUGGACGCUGGCAGAGGAGGCUAUCGAACCGAAAACAGGUUUUGUCGGUCAACAUGAUCAGCCUUCCCCUGGGUGAUUUCCGUCACCUGUCUCACAUCGGUACGAGCGGACACAUGGACAGUUUCGGAGACCUGUCGUUCCUGAAGGAGGGCCACAGUCUCCUGCUGCAGAGCUCCAAGAGCGAGCAGAACCUGUUCCUCCCGCCGCCUCCCAAACCGCCCCGAGUCAACGUGGACGAAGCCGGCCAGUGCAGCCCGAUCUGGGAGCACGCACCGAACAAUCAGAGGCAGAAGUGUAGCUCACUUCCCCUCCUGGACACGGAAGAAGACGAGGACACAUGUUCACACCCGGAGACGACAGGCAUCAGCUGGAGUCCUGCUCGCGGAAGCCUGAGCUCCGGACGGGAUUCGACCCAAACCAACCCAGAGGAAACACAGCCGGACCAAACGGACUCAGCGUUCACGUUCAGUCUGGAUCUGGGACCCUCUAUACUGGACUCUGUGCUGCAAGUGAUGGAUAAAGUCCAUCAAUCGUGAACUGGAAACUAGGGCUGUCAAAUAAAAACUCUAAUUUUGAUAUUUGUCGAACAACAGAAAAAAAAUCCACAUUAGAAUACAAAAACGUUGGAUGGGGGCGGUAUCGUAUCGUUUCGCAGUAUCGUAUCGUUCGCGAUAUACCGGUAGAAUUAGGAUAAGAAUUAAGGUCCUUGCACACAUUUUCGUUUUUGUGUAUCCGUCAUCAUUUCCAAUAAAAAUCUGGUAACGGAUGCAAAAACGCUACAAAUAAACCUUCUCUUUUUAUGAUGGAUGAACGUUUCGGAGGAAGUGUGUAAACGUAACUGACACAACGUGAGGUUUGUGCUUGUGAAAAUUGCGAUUGACUUGGGAUCGUCUUCCCGCGAUAAUAACGAUACAGCCUAGUUGUUGACAAAUUAUUGUGUGCGACCGUAUGUCGGCAGAAGGUGGACGUGAAACGAUACAAGAUAUCGCUAAACGAGGAGCUCCUUCCACAGUGUGGAACUGGUUUGUUCAGAGCUGUACAGUGCGACAUAAAUCAGUCUGAGCUUUGAAUAAAUAUACUACAGUAGCACAGUUUUGCAUGUGCAUGAGCUUGUUUACAAACCUGUUGACCAAAUAUAUAAUUUAUUGACAUGCUUUUUCUCUUAAUUGAGUGUUUUAAAUAACUUUGAGAUGAGAUGGGGUUUUAUCUAACAGAAUGAGGCAAAAAUCAUAAGAUUUUAUAUUAUUAUAUACAGUGAAUCAAAUCAUUAGUGAUCCAGCUUCACCUACAGAACAAGUGAAUAUAAGGUGUUUUUCUUUCGGGAAUCUUUGCAAAUUGGCUUUACUAAUAAUGUGCUAGUUAGCAUGUUCCGUGGCUAAAGUUAAAAGUCUCUUAAGAACAGCUCAUAAAGACUUAAAAAACAUUUCUCGAGACAUCCCACUUCAUCUGCAGUUUGUAAAGUGCCCCUAUUAUGGGUUAUAGAAAAGGUUCAUAUUUGGUUUUGGGAAUCCCCAACAACAUGUCAAGGUCAAAAAACAAUUACAUUGUCUUAUAAUAUGCAUUUAUUUGUAUCGUUUUUGCUCAACGAUUCCCAAACGAUUCACGCAACGAUUCAUUUUUUCAAACCCCUCCUUCGCGUGAGGCUAAUCUGCGGGGAUUGGUAACUUACUCACAUUUCACUGCUGGUUAUAUAUAUGCUCUAUAUAAUCGUGUAUGUGGCGAAAAACAAUCUUGAAUCUUGAUAAAGCAGCGUUUGUGAGCACAGUGAUGCUUAGUUACUGGGGAAACAGCUAUUUUUACUGCUACAAAAGCACCACCUAGUGAUAAAAAGGGAAUUUACAUUUUCACUCAUACCAAUGUGAAAACUGACUGAUGGUUUUUGACGUAAACAUGAAACACCUUGGAUUUCAUUUUAAAAACUUUUUUCAAUUUUUUUUUUUGAGAGACUAUGAAUAACUUUAUACACGGUUCACUUUCAGAUUUAAAACUGUGCAGGGUGUUUUCAUUCACUUAGAGCUGUGUUAUAUAGUUAUGGGGUAUAUUAAACUAAAAAGUACUUUUUGCGAUUGGUUUUACUUUUUAUUAAUACGUACAUGAUGCUGUUUUGUUUACAAUAGUUAAAGCAACUUAAUUAAUUAUAUUUGGUUUAUACACAUUACUUUAAACACUAUGCACUUUGUUUCAAAAACACUUGCGUUGUUUUAUAACUUCAAAUAAACGUGCGUUAGUAAUAUUUUGCGUGAUGCGCCCUCUUGUGGCCUUUUCCCCUCUAACUGAAAUUAUGCCUUUUAUAUUCAAAUAUAAUUCAAAUACUGAUAAUACUUAAGUACAAAACUUGAAUUUAGGUUAAUUUAGCUAAUUUGACAGCCCUGCUGGAAACGGCCUGGAACUCGCUGCAGGAAGCUUGACAGAAAAGCAGCAGUGUUUCUGAUCCAACAUCUGAACUCUGGACAAUAAUAACAACACUCAAAACAUUGCUCAACAGGACAUUUCUUCCUGGA